AACCAAACAUUCGCAUAUACUUGUCUGUUUCUCUCUAUCCAUUGUCUGAAACCAAACAUGAAGUCUCUGCUUCACCGCUUCUCACAAGUCGCCGACUCCUCCUCCUUCUCCUCUUCCUCCCACUCGUUUCGCUGCAACCAGAUUCUCUGCUGCGAUGUUCAUCACCCAACGUUGGUUAAACGAGCAACCGUCGCGUCGAGUAUCCCUUCAGGUCUUGUACCGGUUAACGUCGGAGAGAAGAUGGAGCGAUUCUUGGUGAGUGCUGAGUUGCUUAACCACCCUGUGUUCGUCGGUUUGCUUAACCGAUCUGCUCAGGAGUAUGGUUACGCUCAGAAAGGUGUUCUUCAUAUCCCAUGUAACGUAUUCGUGUUUGAGAAAGUCGCUGAGGCUCUCCGAUCUGGAACCUCUCAGUCUCAUGAUGUGCCGGAGCUUGUUUCAUUGUUAUCCGGCGAAGAUGUGUCUCUGUGGUUAAUUACAGAGUAGCUAAUGGUUGUGUUUCUUGAUAUUUAUAUAUAUGCCAAGGCCAUUUUUGUUUGAUCUUCUCCUUUUAUUGUACUGAUCAAAGGAACAUUUUCUUGGUGAUUGAGAAUGAGAAGUGUAUUUUCGGUUU